AUGUCCUUCCGCCAGACGCUCGUUCGACUCGCACAACACGCGCGGCAACCGUCCAUGCGCUUCCCGGACCGCAAGGCCGCCCCGCAGGAGACGGCGUCGAAACGAGAUGACCUCGGAGACAGCCGGCCGGCGGAGGCAGUCGUCGACCCUCACUCAUCUCACUCCGCCGAACCUCACCCCUGCGCCCCCCAAUCCGUCAUCGACACCUUCUCCCGCUUCAGCGAAGCGCGCUCCAAGCCACGCUCACCACACGCCGAAGACGCCAACUCGUCCUCCUACGGCGGACCAGUCGCGCAGGAAGGUGUCGGCGCUUCGGCUUCUUCGUCGGGAUCGUUGGCGGGUCAGGGGCAGGGUGCGAGCAAGGGUGUGUCGAGCGGAGGAAGUGGGAAGCCUGGAGUGUUGGAGGAUGAGACGCAAUUGCCGGCUUGGCUGAGGCGGGAGAGGUGGGCUCCGACGGAGGAGGAGAUCGAGGCGGUCAUGACUGGUGGCGCAGCGAACGCGACACCGUUCACGAAGGCGUACCAACAAAAGUGGUAUCAGCCGCAGUUCUGA